AUGUCUGAGACCAGAGACAGGAGGCAGAGCAAGAGCGGCCAACCACUAGCGGCAACGCACAGACAGAGGCAGAGCACGCAGAAGGAGCGCGAAGCACAAGCGGCAACCACAGACCGAAGGCAGAGAACGCAGAAGGAGGGAGAAGGAGAUGAAGAACUGACCACGAAACGGGGUGUCAAAAAUCCCCAAGAAGCGGGGAUCUCCGCGGGGACCGCCCCGAAUGAGGCCCCGAUAGCGGAGAAUUUUUCCUGCGGCGACGGGGAUGGGGGACAAAAUUCCCCCGAAGCAGAUGCGGGGACCCAAGCGGGGAUUCCCGUCCCCAUCCCCGUAUUCUCCACAAUCCCCGAAUAUAAAAAGUUAACCCUACUCCUCUUCCCAGUUCCCACUUCCCACUUCCAACAUAGAGCGCCGCAUUUGUUGUUCAACAGUGCUCCUCUCCUCGCGAAACCCUUCGUCUCUCUCUGCACCCUUCCUCUGUAUUCUCUCCGUCGUCCCAGCCAGCAACCUCCGACCACCAUCGACACCCCUACUCGUCACUGUCUGUUUCAGCCGGCCCACACUGCAUCAUUACCGCACCGCCCCGUGCGCCCUAUUCCGUUCGCUCUCUUCCCGUCUUCGCCGCUCUUCUAUUCACCGGCGUUUCUGACCUCUUCAGCCAUUUCUUUCUUAUCCCUGAUGGGGAAUGGGGACCCGCGGAGAACACGGGGAACGUGGGGAAUGGGAUGGAAGCAAUUAUUCCCCUAUGGCGGGGAAUGGGGCAGGGACGGGGACAAAAUUUGAGGGCGGGGACGGGGAGCACGGAGGCAUCCCCCGCCCCCACCCCGCCCCAUUGA